CGAAUGCGAAUAAAAUUUAUUGUAAUAUGUAUGAAAAACAAAACGCGAAAGAUUUUUGAUUUUUGAAGCGGACAAUAAGUGACCACAACAUCCAACCCGGACAUGUGCUUACCCAUUUCCUGCACCCCAAAUGCACCCACUCAUUAACAUGUGUUUAAAUUAAUUGUAUCAAUUAUAAAACUUAACAAGAAAAACAAACACCUAGCAAUAUAUAUUAACGAAUAAAACUUUGAACUGUCAACUGUUUCUAUAGAUUUAAAUGCUAUAUAUAUUAGCAAUUGUCCAAAUUUACAGUCCGACUACAUUAUGGCCGACGAGGCGCAGAGCUCAAAUAGUUUCACAUCCGCAACAAACUUAACCUUCGCCACGCCGCGCACCAAACGCAAAUGGCGUCUCUAUUUCAAGCUGAUCGAUUUGUACAGGAAGAACGAGUGUCUCUGGAUGGAGAAUCACAAGGACUUCUUCAAUUACGAUCUAAAGGCACAGAUCUGGCAACAGAUCGCUGAGGAAAUGAUCACCACUGCACAUCCUGUGCCAACGCCGGAGAGAUGGAAGCAGCUCAUUGUUAAAUGGCGCUACAAGGUCCAGUUGAAUCAAGUGCGUCGACAGGGGGCCCAAUUUUAUAAUAAAGUCGAUGAGCUGCCACGAAAGUUGCUCUAUUCGGAUCGAUUUCAGUUUUUGAUCAAACACAUGUUCGACCGCAAAAAGCCAGUCAAGAAAGUGGUUCAAGCUCCCGCCGAGUCUGAAGCGGAAAGCGUGCACGGGGAGAGCCUCGCAGCCAAGUGCAUGCGUUUGGGUCGCAGUAAGAGCAAAAGCCGCACAUUCUUUGGAGAAAAGCUGCAAACGUUGGAGCACCUGAGGAAUAGACGACGCGGCACUAUGAGCCUAACAUCGGAGGCUUUUCAUCGGCUGCCGUAGGGAAGAGCAACCGGGCGGAAACUGAAAAUUUGAACAAUGAGCAUUUGUAGCUUCAUAAAAUUCGAGAAUAUAUUUACAUAUAGCC